GCGGCCAGGUCCUGGCUUUUCUUGCGUGGUCCCGCGCGGGGCCCUGCCGCAGGACGGGUGGCGCCCAGCCCCCCGUAACGCGAGCCGUCUCCUUUCAGGUGACCAAGAAGCUCAUCCGGGAGAAGAACAAGUUGAGGCUGCAGAGGGACAGAGAAGUGCUGCGGGAGCAGCGGGAGCGGCUGCGGGAGGCGGCGCGGCGGGCCAAGGAGGAGGCCCGGAGGAAGAGGGAGGCGGAGAAGGAGCUGCGCGAGCGAGAGCGCCGGGAGAAGCGCGCCAAGGACCAGGAGGAGAAGGCCGAGAAGCUGCGGCGCAAGGAGGAGCGGCGCCGCGAGCGCCAGGAGGCGCUGGAGGCCAAGCUGGAGGAGAAGCGGAAAAAGGAGGAGGAGAAACGGUUACGAGAAGAAGAGAAGCGCAUCAAAGCGGAGAAGGCGGAGAUCACCAGGUUCUUCCAGAAGCCAAAGACGCCCCAGGCGCCCAAGACCCUGGCCGGCUCCUGUGGGAAGUUCGCGCCCUUUGAGAUCAAGGAGCACAUGGUGCUGGCGCCCCAGAGCCGCGCCACCUUCGGCCAGGACCUGUGCCGGCAGCUCGACCAGCUCCUGUGGCAGCAGGGCGGCGACUUCUCCUUCCUGAAGGAUCUGAAGAGCCGGCGGCCCCUGCGCUCCGGCCCCACGGGGGUCUGCGGCCGGAGCGCGGAGCUGUUCAACAGCGACGUGGUGAUCGUGGGCGGCGGCGGCGGGGACGGCGUCCCGGAGCGGAGGAAGUUCGGCCGCAUGAAGCUCCUGCAGUUCUCCGAGAACCACCGGCCGGCCUACUGGGGCACGUGGAACAAGAAGACGACGGUCAUCCGCCCGCGGGACCCCUGGGCCCGGGACUGGACGCUGCUGGACUACGAGGUGGACAGCGACGAGGAGUGGGAGGAGGAGGAGCCCGGGGAGUCGCUGUCGCACAGCGAGGGGGAUGACGACGACGACGUGGGAGAGGAUGAGGACGAGGACGACGGGUUCUUCGUGCCCCACGGGUACCUGUCUGAAGACGAGGGCGUGACGGAGGAGUGCGCGGACCCCGAGAACCACAAGGUGCGGCAGAAGCUGAAGGCCAAGGAGUGGGACGAGUUCCUGGCCAAGGGCAAGCGCUUCCGCGUGCUGCAGCCGGUGAAGAUCGGCUGCGUGUGGGCGGCCACAGCGGGCAGCUGCGCGGGCGCCGACCUCCGGGUGCUGCAGCAGUUCACGGCCUGCUUCCUGGACACGGCACCCGCGGACGACGAGCACACGCCCAAGGCCUCCAAGAGGGAGAAGCGGGACCAGCAGAUCCUGGCCCAGCUGCUGCCGCUGCUGCACGGGAACGUGCACGGGAGCAAGGUCAUCAUCCGCGAGUUCCAGGAGCGCUGCCGCCGCGGGCUGCUGGGCCAGGACACCGGCAGCCCCCCGAGCCCGGGCUGCAGCCGCCCGCAGACGCCCACGGCCGCCGAGGACUCGGCCGUGCCCUCCAAGGCCAGGCUCAAGCGGCUCAUCUCCGAGAACUCCGUGUACGAGAAGCGGCCCGACUUCCGCAUGUGCUGGUACGUGCACCCGCGGGUGCUGAAGAGCUUCGACCAGGAGCACCUGCCCGUGCCCUGCCAGUGGAGCUACGUCACCUCGGUGCCCUCCGCCCCCAGAGAGGACGGCGGCCCCGUCCCCACCGCGCCGCCCGGCCAGGCCACGCCCGUCUCCCUGAAGAGGAAGUCGGCGGGCAGCAUGUGCAUCACCCAGUUCAUGAAGAAGCGGCGGCACGACGGGCAGGCUGGGGCUACAGACAUGGACGGCUUCCAGGCAGACACGGAGGAGGAGGAGGACGGCGACUGCGUGAUCCUGGCCAUCCCGGAUGCUGGGGGGGUCCCGUGUGGAGCUGGAGCCGGGGCCGCCGCAGGGAUGGACGGCGCAGAGGGCGCCCUGCCCGCCGGCCUGCUCGGCGCCUCCUGAGCGCGGCACGCGCCUGUCUGUCCACCGGGACACCGAGCGACUGCGGGUCAGAUACUUGAAGGUCCUGCCGACUCCUGUCAAGAGCACUUUGUCCUGCUUUGCGGGCUCCCCGAGGUCUGGAAAGUUCUAUAUAGGAAGCCUGAUCGGUCCCGUUCCUGUACAAACCCCCGAAGCGCCCAUCAGUCUGCCCUGUGGUGAAGCAUUAUGGAGGCCGCUCGGGGGCGAGGCCCGUAAAUGAAUUGCAGCGCGGGCCCGGCCCCCGGCCCCCAGGACGUGUAUAAACUGCUUUGGCGCCAGCCGUCCGUCCGUCUGCUUUCCUCCGUGGGCCCUUCUGCUUCAGCGCCCCCGCUGGCCCAGGCGAGGGUUUCUCCCCAGCUCCUGCCCGAGUUCGUCCCCCUGGCUGGGCUGGGAUCUGGGCCCUUCCACGUCAUCCACACCCCACGCCCCCCGAGGCUGGCGCGGCUUCCGUGUUGGCCGAGGCGGGGACCAGGGGCCGCUCCGCACCUCUGCCCAGUACCACCGGGUCCUAGCAACAGCCGAAGGAGGGCAGGGGACACGGGCACCAUGGCCAGCCACAGCGCGGGGUCCCCAGACAGGGCUGUAGCCACGGCGCCAAGUGGCAAGAGGCCGGGCGUGGACCAGGGCCCUGGGCCAUGUUUCGCAGGGAGACGCAGGUUAGGGGCCGGCGCUGUGGCCCACGGGUGCAGCCUGCGAUGCCAGCAGCCCACGUGGGCACCAGCUCGGUCCCGGCUGCGCCACUUCCAGUCCAGCUCCCUAGGACUAGGACAGCCCAAGUCCCUGGGCCCCUGCACCAGCAAGGGACACUCGGAGAGGCUCCCACUCCCUGCGGCCAUCUGGGGAGAGAGCCGGCCGACAGGAGGCUUCUGUCUCCUCCUUUGUAACUCAAACUUUCAAGUAAACGAAUAAAUUUUUAAAAAGAAA